AUGCACUUGAUGAAGACAAAUAUGCUGGUACGUUCCUUGAGCAAUUCAGCCACUGCUGCUCAAAUGGUGAAACCGCCAGUGCAGGUUUUUGGCCUGGAGGGUAGAUAUGCGGCAGCCUUAUAUUCGGCUGCGUCCAAAUCCAAGACCUUGGACACUGUCGAGAAGGAAUUGAACAGUUUUAAACAAUCGAUUAAAACUGAUCCUAAACUUAAAGAAUUCAUCAUCAACCCCACACUGAAGAGAAGCCUGAAGGUCGAUGCUCUUAAACAAGUCGCUUCCAAGACAAAUCUAUGUCCCACUACAAGUAACCUACUGGGCCUUCUUGCCGAGAAUGGCCGUUUGGAUAAACUAGAGGCAGUGAUCAAUGCCUUCAAGAUUAUGAUGGCUGCACACCGUGGUGAAGUUACAUGCGAAGUGAUUACCGCUAAUCCUCUCGAUGCAGAACAGAAACAAAACUUGGAAGCUGCUCUCAAGAAAUUUCUGAAACCCAAUGAGACUCUGCAACUGACUGCCACUGUUGAUCCUUCACUGAUUGGAGGCAUGGUUGUAUCAAUUGCAGACAAAUAUGUGGACAUGAGUGUAGCCAGCAAAGUCAAGAAGUAUACUGAACUGAUUAGUGCUGCUAUCUAACUUGUAAUCAAUUAGUUGAGAGUUAUUUAGUAAGAAGAAUGUUAAAUUAUGUAAUAAAUAAAUUUCUCUGAUAAUCU